UGGUCCUGAGGUCUGGAGCCCGCCCAGCGCUAUGGCCCAGGCCAGCAUCAACAGUGACUACGGAGAGUGGGGCUCCAGCUCGGACGCCGGUGAGCGGGCCCACCUGCUGCAGAGCCCCUGCGUGGACACGGCCCCCAAGAGCGAGGGGGAGACCUCUCCCGGGUCCCUGGCCAGAGGUACCACUUCCACCCUCGGGGCCGUCUUCAUCGUGGUCAACGCCUGCCUGGGCGCGGGGCUGCUAAACUUCCCCGCCGCCUUCAGCACGGCCGGGGGCGUGGCCGCUGGCGUCACGCUGCAGAUGGCCAUGCUGGUCUUCAUCAUCAGCGGCCUCGUCAUCCUGGCCUACUGCUCCCAGGCCAGCAAUGAGCGCACCUACCAGGAGGUGGUGUGGACCGCGUGCGGCAAGCUGACAGGCGUGCUGUGUGAGGUGGCCAUCGCUGUCUACACCUUCGGCACCUGCAUCGCCUUCCUCAUCAUCAUCGGGGACCAGCAAGACAAGAUUAUAGCCGUGAUGACCAAGUCGCCUGAUGGGGCCAGCGGCCCCUGGUACACAGACCGCAAGUUCACCAUCAGCCUCACCGCCUUCCUCUUCAUCCUGCCCCUCUCCAUCCCCAGGGAAAUCGGCUUCCAGAAAUAUGCCAGCUUCCUGAGCGUCGUGGGCACCUGGUACGUCACUGCCAUCGUCAUCAUCAAGUACAUCUGGCCGGAUAAAGAGAUGACCCCCGGAGGCAUGCUGACCAGGCCGACCUCCUGGGUAGCCGUGUUCAAUGCCAUGCCCACCAUCUGCUUCGGAUUCCAGUGCCACGUCAGCAGCGUGCCCGUGUUCAACAGCAUGCGGCGGCCCGAUGUGAAGACCUGGGGCUGGGUGGUGACAGCCGCCAUGGUCAUCGCCCUCGCCGUCUACCUGGGCACAGGCAUCUGUGGCUUCCUGACAUUUGGAGCAGCCGUGAACCCUGACGUGCUCCUGUCCUACCCCUCAGAAGACAUUGCAGUGGCCGUGGCCCGCGCCUUCAUCAUCCUCAGCGUGCUCACCUCCUACCCCAUCCUGCACUUCUGUGGCCGGGCAGUGGUGGAAGGCCUGUGGCUGCGCUACCAGGGCACCCCCGUGGAGGAGGACGUGGGCCGGGAGCGGCGGCGGCGCCUGCUGCAGACGCUCACCUGGUUCCUGCUCACGCUGCUGCUGGCGCUCUUCAUCCCCGACAUCGGCAAGGUCAUCUCCGUCGUCGGGGGCCUGGCCGCCUGCUUCAUCUUCGUCUUCCCAGGGCUGUGCCUCAUUCAAGCCAAGCUUUCUGAGAUGGAGGAGGUCAAGCCGGCCAGCUGGUGGGCGCUGGUCGGCUACGGAGUCUUCUUGGUCACCCUAGGAGCCUUCAUCUUCGGCCAGACCACAGCCAAUGCUAUCUUUGUGGAUCUGGUGGCCUAGCCGCUGCCUCUCCGUUGGACAGUCGGACCCAGGACACCCCAUCUGAGGGAGUCCUGGGGCCACCCCGGUCCCACAUCGUCCCCUCCCCAAUGGUGGGGUAGCAUCGACAGCUCUGGGGUGCAGUCAGCCCCCACAUCUACGGACAGCUCCACCGUGGGUGGUGGGAGAUCUCCUGUCUCAGAGGAACCCUGGGGACCCCACAACAUUCCCACUCCCCUGCGCCUGGAACCCAGAACCGAAGCGGGGCUGGAGGCCUCGGGAACAGGAACAGCAGAAGAAAGAGAAGCUGUCCCGAGUGCGGACAACUCCACAGGCGGACCCCGAGUCCCUGACGCCCAGAGAGGCAACUUUGGGCGUCUCAGCCCAUCGCUCCCCGGACCAAGGCUCCAGGCCGCCCUCCUCCACCCCCAAGUCUAAUGUUUACAAACUAGCACGGGGCAACGGGGCCCCUGCCGCCCGCCCCGCCCCGACUC